CGCCUGCGCACUGGGUGCGAACUCGCUCUAGUCGCUGUAGUCGGGGCUCGGGACCGGCUGCCAUCUUAGUGGAGGGACUGAGGAGUCGUCGCCGCCCCGAGUCCCGGUAACAUGCAUUUCACAGUGGCCUUCUGGAAACAACGCCUUAACCCAAAGAAGUGACUCAACCAGUGAGAACUUCAGGUUUGCUGUCUUAUUGAUGGUAUGUCUGACAGUGGAUCACAGCUUCAUUCAGUGGGUAGCUUAACCAUGAAAUCACAACUUCAGAUCACUGUCAUCUCAGCCAAACUUAAAGAAAAUAAAAAGAAUUGGUUUGGGCCAAGUCCUUAUGUAGAAGUCGCAGUAGAUGGGCAGUCAAAGAAGACAGAAAAAUGCAACAAUACAAACAGUCCCAAAUGGAAGCAACCCCUUACAGUUAUCGUUACCCCUACGAGUAAAUUACAUUUUCGUGUGUGGAGUCACCAGACCCUGAAAUCAGAUGUUUUGUUGGGAACUGCUGCAUUAGAUAUUAAUGAAACAUUAAAGUCAAACAAUAUGAAACUUGAAGAAGUAGUUAUGACUUUGCAGCUUUUAGGUGACAAAGAGCCAACAGAAACAAUGGGAGACUUGUCAGUUUGUCUUGAUGGGCUGCAAGUAGAAGCUGAAGUUGUUACUAAUGGUGAAACUUCAUGCUCAGAAAGUACUUCACAGAAUGAUGAUGGCUGCAGACCCAAAGAUGAAACAAGAGUGAGCACAAAUGGAUCAGAUGACCCAGAGGUUGCAGUGUUGGGGGAAAGCAAGAGGGCAAAUGGGAACAACUCUCCAUCCCUUUCAAAUGGUGGUUUUAAGCCUUCUAGACCUCCAAGACCUUCAAGACCACCUCCACCCACCCCACGAAGACCAGCAUCUGUCAACGGUUCACCAUCUACCAAUUCUGAAAGUGAUGGAUCUAGUACAGGCUCUUUGCCACCAACAAACACAAAUGUAAACACAAGCACAAGUACAUCCGAAGGAGCAGCAUCUGGGUUAAUCAUUCCUCUUACUAUAUCUGGAGGCUCAGGCCCGAGGCCACUGAAUACUGUAAGUCAGGCUCCCCUGCCCCCAGGGUGGGAGCAGAGAGUGGACCAGCAUGGGCGUGUUUACUAUGUAGACCAUGUUGAAAAACGAACAACAUGGGAUAGACCAGAACCUCUACCUCCUGGUUGGGAACGGCGUGUGGACAAUAUGGGACGUAUUUAUUAUGUUGACCAUUUCACAAGAACAACAACAUGGCAGAGGCCAACACUGGAAUCGGUCAGGAACUAUGAACAGUGGCAGCUGCAACGUAGUCAGCUUCAGGGAGCAAUGCAGCAGUUUAACCAGAGAUUCAUCUAUGGGAAUCAAGAUUUGUUUGCUACAUCACAAAAUAAAGAAUUUGAUCCUCUUGGUCCUCUGCCCCCUGGAUGGGAGAAGAGAACUGAUAGCAAUGGCAGAAUGUAUUUUGUCAACCACAACACUCGAAUUACACAGUGGGAAGACCCCAGAAGUCAAGGUCAGUUAAAUGAAAAACCCUUACCAGAAGGCUGGGAAAUGAGAUUUACAGUGGAUGGAAUUCCGUAUUUUGUGGACCACAAUAAAAGAACAACCACUUACAUAGAUCCACGAACAGGAAAAUCUGCCCUAGACAAUGGACCUCAAAUAGCCUAUGUGAGGGACUUCAAAGCAAAGGUUCAGUAUUUCCGGUUCUGGUGUCAGCAACUGGCCAUGCCACAGCAUAUAAAGAUCACAGUGACAAGAAAAACAUUGUUUGAGGAUUCCUUUCAACAGAUAAUGAGCUUCAGCCCGCAAGAUCUGAGAAGACGUUUGUGGGUGAUUUUCCCAGGAGAAGAAGGUUUAGAUUAUGGAGGUGUAGCAAGAGAAUGGUUCUUUCUUUUGUCACAUGAAGUGUUGAACCCAAUGUAUUGCCUGUUUGAAUAUGCAGGGAAGGAUAACUACUGUCUGCAGAUAAACCCCGCUUCUUACAUCAAUCCAGACCACCUGAAAUAUUUCCGAUUUAUCGGCAGAUUUAUUGCCAUGGCUCUAUUCCAUGGAAAGUUCAUAGAUACUGGGUUCUCUUUACCAUUCUAUAAACGUAUCUUGAACAAACCAGUUGGACUUAAGGAUUUGGAAUCUAUUGAUCCAGAAUUUUACAAUUCUCUCAUCUGGGUUAAAGAAAACAAUAUUGAAGAAUGUGGUUUGGAAAUGUACUUCUCUGUUGAUAAAGAAAUUCUAGGUGAAAUUAAGAGUCAUGAUUUGAAACCCAAUGGUGGCAAUAUUCUUGUGACAGAAGAAAAUAAGGAGGAAUACAUCAGGAUGGUAGCCGAGUGGAGAUUGUCUCGAGGUGUUGAAGAACAGACACAAGCUUUCUUUGAGGGCUUUAAUGAAAUUCUUCCCCAGCAAUAUUUACAAUAUUUUGAUGCAAAGGAAUUAGAGGUCCUUUUGUGUGGAAUGCAAGAGAUUGAUUUGAAUGACUGGCAAAGACAUGCCAUCUAUCGUCACUACACUAGGACUAGCAAACAGAUCAUGUGGUUUUGGCAGUUUGUUAAAGAAAUUGAUAACGAGAAGAGGAUGAGACUUCUGCAGUUUGUUACUGGAACCUGCCGAUUGCCGGUGGGAGGAUUUGCUGACCUCAUGGGGAGUAAUGGACCACAGAAGUUCUGCAUUGAGAAAGUUGGGAAAGAAAAUUGGUUACCCAGAAGCCAUACUUGUUUCAACCGCCUGGACCUCCCACCCUACAAGAGCUAUGAGCAACUGAAGGAAAAGCUGUUAUUUGCCAUUGAAGAAACAGAAGGAUUUGGACAAGAGUAACUGUUGAGAC